CUCCACUGGACCUCGAAAAGUCAGUCGCCAUGGCGACGAGCCGUCGCCUCGCCCGCUGGCUCCCAGCUCUUGCGGCACCUGCCGCGUACGCUCUGCACCAGUCCUACUUGCCGGCAUCUCAGUCAAGCUCUACAUGCCAACACUCGCAGCUGGACAAGCUCAUCACCCGAGAGCAUGUUCAAGAGCUGGAGUCGCAGGGCUUUGUGGUGAUCCCUGCGGCAGUGCAGCAGGUGCUCGGCCAUGCCGCUUUAGAGCGAGCUCGGCGUGAUGCGAGCAGCUGCCACUUUGGGAAGUCUUCAAACCGAGGACAGACCGUGCGAGAUGAUGUAGUAUGCUGGAUUUCUGCGAGCGAUGAUUCACCGGGUGAAGGCCUGGUGAGUUGCGGUGCGUUGCUGCGCGGCGCCGCAGCGGCCUUGGAGCGUCACGGCUACCGAGGCUCCAGGCACCACAGGGUACCGCUGCUGCUGCAGCUCAGUCGCUUCGAGCCUGGCGGCAGAGGCUAUGGCAGGCACUUGGACUGCAACUUCCAAUCGGCCUUUGAGUUGGGAAUUUCCUCCUGGCUGCGCGCCGCUGGCAGCCGCGCCCGGGUCUUGACGGCGAUGGUCUACCUGAAUGACCCCGACUGGGCAGGAAGAGAUGGUGGUCAGCUCCGAAUCUUCCACGGGCCGCAGUGGGACGGUUCUCGCUGGCGGGACCACACCGACGUUUUCCCCGCUGGGGGGACUUUGGUGAUCUUCAAGUCGCCCCAGGUGCCGCAUCAAGUCCUUCCUCCGCGAAAAGUUGACAGGCACGCCUUGACAUGCUGGAUCGCCGGUAAGGUCAGUUGAUGGAUGGAUCUCCCAUCAACCAGAUGGAGCUUGAUGGUCACUCGCAGGCUGCCCAAGAAGGACGCGCUGCUGACCAAGUCUCUAGUGUCAUCGUGUUAUAGGAUUGACGGGGACCCAGGGGUUCCGCAAUCAAUCACCCCUGGGUUGAAGUCAUCCUUCGGGGUAGCGCAGCAUGGAACGCUGCCGCUGAUUACACCCAUGUCUCCGGGAACUGCAUCUAAAAAGGGCAGCUUGACCCAAGAUCCCGCAGCGCCCGCAGUGCCAGC